AUGCAGGAGUACAUCGAUUUAGGUCACAUGACGCUCGUCAAUAAUGAGAGUUUUGGAGGGUAUUUUAUGCCUUACCAUGCAGUACUCAAACCAUCUAGUACCACCACAAAAUCUCGAGUGGUGUUCAAUGCUUCAGCCAAAACAGAUAAAGGCCUCUCCUUGAAUGAAAUGCUCAUGGUGGGACCUACAAUACAGCCGAAACUCUUCGAUCACAUUUUUCGAUUUCACACUCACACGUUCGUUAUCACGGCUGAUAUAGAGCGUAUGUACAGGCAGAUCCUUGUCGAUCCUCGUGAUAGGUUGUAUCAGCAAAUCUUUUGGUUUCACGAAGGCAGAAUUAGGACAUUUGAGUUGAACACCGUCACGUUUGGCGUGUCGUCCGCUCCAUUCUUAGCUAUUCGUACAAUCCAUCAAUUGGCUGAGGACGAAAAGGCAGAUUUUCCAAAGGCCAGUGCCAUCUUGAAACGCGAUUUUUACGUAGAUGACUUGCUUAGUGGGGCUGAUUCAGUAGCAGAAGUCGUACAGAUUCGCAAUGAACUUAUUUAA